CUUCAAUGGGAACACCUCACACAUUUGGACGACUUGCACCUUCUCUUCCGUAACUUUGAUGGGGACUUCGAUAUUGAGCAGGGAAAAUGCCUGUGAUGAAGGGAUUAUUAGCACCGCAGAACACCUUUCUGGACACUAUAGCCACACGGUUUGAUGGCACUCACAGCAACUUCAUCCUUGCCAAUGCACAGGUUUCCAAAGGCUUUCCCAUCGUCUACUGCUCUGAUGGCUUCUGCGAGCUUACGGGCUUCUCCCGGGCCGAGGUCAUGCAGAAGAGCUGUGCCUGUAAGUUCUUGUACGGGCCAGAGACCAGUGAAAGCAUCAUCCUCAGCAUCGACGAAGCCCUGGAGGAGCGGAAGGAGUUUAAAGAUGAGAUCAUGUUCUACAAAAAGACAGCUGUUCUGUUCUGGUGCCUGCUGGACAUUGUGCCAAUUAAGAAUGAGAAGGGAGACGUGGUGCUCUUUCUGGCUUCAUUCAAGGACACCACUGACACUAAAGCCAAAGCCAUCCAAGGGGACAAGAAGGAAGAGCGACGGCGCGGCAGGGUGAAAACAGGAUCUGCAUUCAGCUCGGCUCGUAUGCGGGGAAACACGGUGCUCUACCACAUCUCUGGUCACCUCCACAGCAGAGAGAAGAGCAAGAUUAAACUCAACAAGAACGUGUUUGGGGAUCCGCCUGCCCUGCCAGAGUACAAGGUAGCAGAUGCCAAGAAGUCCAAAUUCAUCUUACUUCACUACAGCACGUUCAAAGCUGGUUGGGACUGGCUGAUUUUACUUGCCACCUUCUACGUUGCUGUGACGGUGCCCUACAAUGUGUGCUUUAUCGGGGAUGACGACGACCUGACCCGCAGCACGACUGUCAGCGACAUCGCGGUGGAGAUACUCUUCAUCAUAGAUAUUGUUUGUAAUUUUCGCACGAGUUAUGUCAGCAAAUCGGGCCAGGUGAUCUUCGACGCUCGGCAGAUCUGCAUCCAUUACCUUACCACAUGGUUCAUCAUCGACCUGGUGGCUGCGUUGCCCUUUGACCUGCUCUAUGCCUUCAAAGUCAGCGUGGUGUCCGUGGUCCACCUGUUAAAAACAGUGCGUCUGCUCCGGUUGCUGCGGCUGCUCCAGAAGAUGGACCGCUACUCGCAGCACAGCACGGUGGUGCUCACGCUGCUGAUGUCCAUGUUCGCUCUGUUAGCCCACUGGAUGGCCUGCAUCUGGUACAUCAUCGGCAAGAUGGAGAUGGAGGCCAACGCUUACAACUGGGAUAUAGGAUGGCUCCAUGAGUUGGGGAAGCGACUGGAGUCACCGUACUAUGCCAUAGGAGUUGUGAACGGGACCAGCAACGGCCCCGCCAUCCGCAGCGUCUACAUCGCCUCACUCUACUUCACCCUCAGCAGCCUGACCAGUGUGGGCUUCGGCAACGUGUCGGCCAACACAGACAUCGAGAAGAUCUUCUCUAUUUGCGUCAUGCUUAUAGGAGCACUGAUGCAUGCGUUGGUCUUUGGUAAUGUGACGGCCAUUAUCCAGAGGAUAUACUCGCGCUGGUCCCAGUACCACACAAGAACCAAAGACCUCAAGGACUUCAUACGUGUCCAUCACCUUCCGCAGAGCCUGAAGCAGCGAAUGUUGGAGUAUUUUCAGACCACCUGGUCGGUUAACAACGGCAUCGACUGCAACGAGCUGCUGAAGGACUUCCCGGACGAGCUGCGAUCCGACAUCACCAUGCACCUUAACAAGGAGAUCCUGGAGCUGUCGCUGUUCGCCUCUGCCAGUCGUGGCUGCCUUCGCUCCUUGUCACUGCACAUCAAGACCUCCUUCUGCGCUCCAGGAGAGUACCUCCUCCGUCAGGGCGACGCUCUCCAAGCCAUCUUCUUCGUGUGCUCCGGGUCCAUGGAGGUGCUCAAAGACGGCAUGGUGCUGGCCAUCCUGGGUAAAGGUGACCUGAUCGGGGCAAACCUGUCCUUAGAUGACCGAGUGAUAAAAACCAACGCAGACGUGAAAGCUCUGACCUACUGUGACCUGCAGUGCGUGAACCUGAAGGGGCUGUACGAGGUGUUGGACCUCUACCCUGAAUACUCGCACAACUUCGUCCAGGACAUCCAGCAGGACCUCACAUACAAUCUGAGGGAGGGACAGGAGACACACGUUAAGGCCAGAUUGACCACAACAACUCUGGAUACUCAGUCUGUGCUGAAAAGGAAUGGACGAGUGGUUCAGGGCUUUCUGCCCAUCAUAGAGGCACAGGAGGAGGAAGUGGAGGAGGAGGAGGAGGAUGAGGACGAGGACAAAGCCCUGUCUGUGUCAUCGGAGCGAAACCAGGCGGUGAACCUCGGGGACACGGGAGUGAAGACUUUGCUGAGCCAAUCCAACCAGAAAACAACCGAACAGCCGAGCUCCAGGAGGUCCCGGAGGAAGAUCCAGGAAAUAGCUCUCACCACUUUAGACCCGUCUAACCUCAGCUCCAGGAUAGUGGACGGCACUGAAGACAGUGAGGGGUCGGAGGGUCGCCUGGCUUUUCCUUUCUCUACCGGGCGGGGUUGUCCUGUCAGUGAACCAACCGGUGCCCCAGCAUCUGCCACAGAUAUUCUGCAGAUCAGCACGGCAGAGUUAGCAGCUAAAGCAGAGGAGACGAGAGGACAACUGCAACACCUAGACCAGCAGGUGAGCAACCUGGGGAGGGAAGUGGCCGACCUUGGACAAGUCAUGAAGAGAAUGGCUCAACUCAUGGAGACCCUCAUGACCUCAGCACCUCAGCCCACAGUGGUCUGUCCCACGCACUGCUCCCCAGCUCACAUCACAUAUCUGCACCACCCGCAGUCUUACCCUCCAGCAUCCCCUGCUCAGACUGCCACCAUCUGGACGGACAUGCCCCUGUCAUUGCCCUCUUCUCCUUACACUGCCCGUCAGCACCAUGGUGCCAUGUGCCAGGCGGACCCCCUCACUUGCAGACAACAGGACCUCCAGCUGGUUUACACUGCUGUCCCCGGCUCAACUCCACCUUUAAUUUGUGACCUGCCUUCUCUUCUCAUCGGAGAGCCUCAUUCGCUGUCCUCACCCUUCAGCUCUCCUGAGGUUUCCCCCCUCAAAGACGGGGCUUCUGUCUCCUUCAGGUCGAGCGUAGACGGCGGACAGGGAGAUGAGGACCCUCAUCAGAGCUCUGGCUGUUCUCAGACAGGACUUGGUGGCACCUUACACCAUCCAACUAUGGGUUUGUAGCAGCCCUCCAUCUGAACUCCGCAGAAAAAUGUUUUCCCCGAUCAUUUCUGAUGGGAUAUGUUCCUGAACUGACACCAAACUGAUGAACUGGGGUCCCCCAUAUCAUUGGAGGACGUUUGCAGAGAUGCAACUCAGAUUCCUUUUGUUUUAAAGGCACGUGUUUAAAAAAAAAUCUUGUUGCAUGAAAACAAGCACAGAAGGUUUAGGUGUGUUAGCUUUACCUUAUAGAAACGUAGUGUUAGACAGGUUUGGGUCAGUUGUGAUCUUUAUGAUGGCAGCUCUUCGGGCACAGCUCAACCCCAACCCCCCCAACCACCUCACCUUGAGGCGGGAUGGUGCCAUAAUGGAGGACAUGAUGUAAACAAAGGAGGACAGAGUUGUUUCUUUCCUCCUUUUUUAUUUUUAUUUUUGCUUCUGGCUACUGAUGGUUUAAUGUCGGCUUGUUGGAGGACGAAAAAGCAUCUUGAGUGGUGGAGGUGGACUAUGGAGACAAAGAGGGGAGGACUUUUUACGACCUUCCCCCAACCUCUUAUCUCUGCCAUUUACUCUCCGUUGAACCCUUCUGUCCUUGCGCACUCAACCCACGCUCGGUGCUCUGGAUUGCGUGUACCAGUGUGUGGCUGGUUAAACUGGGAGCACAGUAUGGUGUGAGCAUGGCGAUGGAGAUGGGAUGUAUUGUGCUCUUUACAGCUGGCCCUCAGGGAAAGGGGGAUGGAGGGUGGAGGAGGUUGGUUAUGAAGGGGGUAUGUUAUGCCUCAGGCAGCACAGCCCCUGCUGUCGUCUGUCGCACUGAGCGCAGGGACUCUUUCUCUGCUUCUCUUCUCCAGUGUUUUUCUCCACAAACUUUCAUUCUCUCUCUCCUCCCUUCCUAAUCUUUCUCUUGCUCUCUGCAUGCCGUUCAAGCCUUUUGAGUAGUGCCUGUAGACACACAUUAACAUAAUGCAUGUCACCCUGUGGAAAUCCAGCUUGCCAUUUAUCUAUCUAUUUAAAGGACACAAGGUUCAAUCGUUUAGCUGAACCGGGCAUUUACUGAUGCAUAUUUAUUGGAUGUCGGCUCAGUUUAAACAACUGGGUGAUUUAGGCACAAGGUAAUAGCCGUCAUUGUGAAGUGGCCUGGAUAAAAAUGGCCAAUCCUAAAUUGGUUCAUGAUCCACAAUGGAGGCCAUUUCACUGAUUGUCACCCAGGGUUACAAACUGAGAUCCAUUUCCUCAGCUGUUCAGAGUAAACGCAAUAUUCCCACAUAAAAGCACAAUAAGGAAGUGAAGACGCUUUUAUAUUUCUAUGAAUGUAUCAAUACUAAAGAUGUAUUUUUUUACCUCAAAGAAUGCAAGAGUGUGGGAUGGCAGAUAAUUAUGCUACUGUAUAUGAAGGUGUGACAGUGCUGGAACCAGUCAAUGCAAUCUUAAACCAGGAAAAAGGUCCAAACCUGCAUCCCUACAGAUCUACCAUUCUCUUUUGAAGCUGUGUAGGUUGGACUCUGCUUCUCUGCAAGUGGAAUGUACUGUAA